AUGGAGUACAUGGACCUGGAGAUGCUGCGCGCCGGGGUGGAGGAGGCCGCGGCGGCGGGCGCGGACGCGAGGGCGCGCGGGGCGGGCCUGGCGGUGGAGGCGCUGCAGGUGACGCGGCUGGCGGCGAUGCGCCCGGACGGGCACCCAGGCCUGUACACCCGGGCGUUCCCUUUCGCGGAGGGGACGAGGGAUCGGAUGCCCAACGACUGUGUGCACUGGUGCCUGCCCGGGCCCAUCGACACGUGGAACGAGAUCCUGCUGCAGGUCGUCAAGCGAUGGGCCGACGGCGUCGGUUCCGACGCCUCGUCGCCAUCGCCAUGA